UAGUUGGCAGGUACAGCAGCUGUUGUGAUGUUGUUAUUUUAUUUUAAUUAAUAAAAAUAGCGUUAAUGAAAUAACUUGUGUGUUUCAAACGUGACACAGUUUUGUGGAAGAUUUAAAUUAUAUGAAAUAACAUUAAUUGCAGUGGUUAUUGUUUUUAGCAUGUUUACGUCAAGUUAAAAUAGUAAGUUUAUCGAGUUCAGCUUAGGAAGUAAUCAUGUCUUCGCCGUCCAAGCACCGCUUCAAGAAGCAGAGUUGGUACAAACGUCUGAUGUACAAGAGAUUGCCGGUAUCAAGCUGGUUGCCCGGGUACAACUCAGAGAAGGCCAUUGCUGACUUGAUAGCCGGUAUUACUGUUGGUCUUACGGUGAUACCACAAGCUUUAGCGUACGCCACGCUCGCGGGAUUACCACCGCAGUAUGGCCUUUACUCGUCAUUCAUGGGCUGCUUCAUCUAUACAAUUUUCGGCUCUUGCAAGGAUAUUACUUUGGGCCCGACAGCGCUACUGGCUUUAAUGACAUACGAACAGAUACAAGGAAGGAAUUUCGACUACGCAAUAUUGCUUUGUUUCCUAACGGGCGUCGUUCAACUGGUUAUGGGAAUAUUGCAUUUAGGUGUCCUGAUUGACUUCAUAUCGGUCCCGGUGACCGUGGGGUUCACCUCAGCUACGUCGGUCAUCAUCGCUGUUUCACAAUUCAAAGGGCUUUUAGGACUGCAGUUUAAAUCUAGAGGAUUUAUUGAUACCGUAAAAAAGGUUAUUGUAAAUAUACCAAACGCAAGACUGGCAGAUACCACAUUGGGUAUAUCUUGUAUAAUCAUCCUACUUAUUAUGCGAAAAAUGAAGGAUAUAAAUCUACCAUCAAGUCAGAAAGGCAUUAAAAAGACCUUAUGGUUGCUGUCAACAUCUAGAAAUGCUAUUAUUGUAUUGGUUUGCUCUCUAAUGGCAUUCUUUUUUGAUCGGUACUCAGAGUCACCCUUCAAACUAACCGGCACCGUCAAAGAAGGUCUGCCUGCGUUGGGCUUGCCGCCUUUCAACACGGAAUACGGCGGGAGAAAUGUCACAUUUAUCGAGAUGUGCUCCGACCUUGGUUCAUCAAUUGUUUUAGUUCCAAUUAUCGGAGUGUUAGGCAAUGUAGCCAUCGCUAAAGCUUUUGCGAGUGGGGAGUCAGUAGACGCUACACAGGAGCUACUUACACUGUCAUUAGCCAAUAUCUUCGGUUCGUUCGUCAGCGCGAUGCCGAUCACCGGAUCAUUUUCUCGCAGCGCGGUAAACCACGCCAGCGGCGUCGCCACGCAAUUUGGAGGCAUUUAUACGGGUAUUUUGGUAUUACUAGCUCUUAGUCUAUUAACGCCUUACUUCUAUUUCAUACCAAAGGCUUCUCUUGCCGCGGUCGUCAUAUGUGCAGUUAUAUUUAUGAUAGAGUAUGAGGUUGUGAAGCCAAUGUGGCGGUCUCGUCGGGCGGAUCUAAUGCCUGCGUUUGCGACGUUCGCUAUCUGUUUAAUGGUGGGCGUAGAGCUGGGCAUUGUCGCCGGAGUUGCGCUCAAUGUGGUACUUUUGCUCUACCCUAGUGCUAGACCACAGCUUGAAGCAGAGAUUGUUACCACAUCGUCUGGCUUCAGCUACCUCCUGGUAACUGUGGGGAACAGCCUGUACUUCCCCAGCGUGGAGUACAUCCGCCAGUAUGUGUCACGCGCCGCGCAGAAGCAGGCCGGCUGCAGUAUGCCUGUUGUCAUCGAUUGCAGAUAUGUACUAGGUGCAGAUUUCACAGCGGCUAAAGGUCUAUGCGCGUUGUCCAACUCCCUGUCAUCUCGAGGACAGCCUCUGGUGCUGCUCUCGCCGCGCGCGAGCGUCGCUUCAGUGUUCAGUGGCGCAGGCUCCAGUGUCAUAGUUGUACUCACUCCUAAUGAAUUGGACGCUACAUUACAAGAUCUGACAGGUCACAUAGCUCUACCGAUAAUAGAUAAGAAAGAGAACGUGACGCCGCCGCCCACUUACAGGUCCCUACAGAACACUGAUGACGUCAUAGAAGUUGUCAUAGGAGAGGAACACAAUACUAUACCAUUGUUGAAAAAUAACACAACUGAAACUGUAAGGAAAAAUAAUAGCGAAGUUAAUGAUACUUGAUUUAUGUACUUAUUAGUAUAUAAAAUUUAGAAUUAUUUUUAAUUAAUAGGUUUAAGGUAUUUUUAAAUUUUAAACAAGAACACUCGCACGAUUAAUUAUAAUGACUUAGGGAUUUUUU